UGAGAGUUCCUAGACGUCACGUGAACAAGUUACUUCCUGAAGUAGGGUCUGUACUUGAUGCAAGGCCGUUGCGGGUGCAGUAGCCAUGACUGGCCGAAUUUCUAAUUUUCGUCUUUUUCUCCACAAACUUUCCGAUGAGUUAGAUUCUGGUGAACUGAAAGAUAUAAAGUUUCUUUGCGCUGACAUUUUGACGAAAGCAAGGCUGGAAAAAAUCACGAAUACUAAGGAACUAUUUGUGGCAAUUGGGGAAGUAAAGGAAGACGAAGAGAAGCAGCUCGACUUGUUAAAACAACUAUUUGAAAACAUCUACAGAUUCGAUUUACAGUCCAAAGUUGAAAAAUUUCAGCAGACGAGGAAAGGUGAGGUCAACCAGCAUGCACCAUUAGUAGCAUCUCAACAUGUUGAGGAUAAUUUACCACCUCAAGUACAUGUAUAUCAAACAGGCCAGCCUACUUUGCGGAAUAUUGCUGGUUUUCAGCAGACUACAGAUAGUUUACCAAGCACUGCAAAAUAUGGAGAAAGCAGUUUGGGAUCACGCUUGCCAUUCUUGCCGCAAGACAAACCAUUCAGGCAGGCAAGUUCUGGAGUGAGCUCAUCAUAUACAUAUGCAGGUUCCACCCCUAAUUCAGAGGAACUGUAUAAGCCUCGUACAACUGAGCAGGAUUCUGCUUCAAGGUACCAGUCUCAAUACAGUGUCCCAUUUGGUGAACAAGAACAGUCUUCUCCAAAAGAUCAGUCUUCAUCAAAUCAAUCUUUACCAAAUAGCUUCAGCACGGCAAACAGUGUGCAACAUGUGCAUGAAAAGAUUGACCAACUACACUUGACAGAUCAUCUGCAGUCGUCACCAAACAGUUUUGGUGUGGAGAACACACACCGUGAAGAGGUACUUGUAGAUGAUCAAAUUAAGCCACAAGAUCUACCACAGUCUUCAUCAAAUGGUAUGAGCAUACCAACGACAACCAGUCAAGGAACCUCUAGAGACUCAGGCCAGAACAACGUCCAAAAUGGUGCACUGGAUAAUACAGGUCCAACUCGUAGAGGCAGGUCAUUGACAGAUGGUGCAAUUGCAGACACAAGGUCUGAUCGACAUCAAAGAAUUUCUCAACCGUCUGCCGAAAAAGUUCCAGUAGAAAGAGUCUUGUCAAAUGAUUAUCAUGAUGUAGCUGCCCAACACUUAAUAAAUAAAUGUCCCGUAGAGAUGAACUAUGACUCUAUUUCGAAAUACUUCAACAGUGGUGGAAAAAACCUGGGACAAGGAGGCUUUGGAAUUGUGUAUGAAGGAAACCACACAUUUCAUGGUCAGAGUGUUGUUGUCAAAGAAGAGUACACUUCUCAUCUUGGACAAGCUUUCAGUGCAGCACAAUUGCAGAGGGAGAAACGUGUUGGUUACAUCAAACAUCCUCAUCUGAUGCCACUUUAUGCAUUUUGUGAGGAGAAAGGAAAACCUCGUUGUCUGAUGUAUCCAAAAAUGCACAGUGAUUUACACAAGGCGUUGCGCAGUGAUUUGAAGGGACAGCAAAAGCUACCUUGGGAGAACAGAGUAAGGAUUGCGCUUCACACUGCAAGGGCACUGCAGUAUUUACAUACAGAAGUCACAAAUGAGAGAAAUGUCAGACAGGAAAUUGUACAUAUGGAUGUAAAGCCAGGAAAUAUAUUUCUGGAUGAAGACUUCAAUGCACGUCUGGGAGACCCUGGAAUGGCGCAAGAGUUACCCAUGGAAUACUCUUAUGCCUCUAUUUCGCAGCCUCGUGGAACAGAUGGGUACAUGGAUGAAUACCUUCAAGACAGACACCUAAAGCCUAUAAAUGAUGUUUUCUCCUUUGGAGUAGUGUUGUUACAACUUCUUACUCAGAGAAGAGCUAUUGAAAAAAGGCCAUCAAACAAGAAUGUGCCUUUAUGUCGUAUUUUGAAGAAAGAAGGAGUGUUGUCAGACCCAGAAAGGUUAAUGGAAAAGGCACAGCAGGAUGCGUGGCCUGUCAGUGGAGAUGACAAGAGGUACACCAAGGAAUUUGCUGCCAUUGCGAUAGAGUGUCUUAAACGACCUGAUGAGAGAGCUAAACUGUCAGAUGUUUGUCAGAGGUUAGAGAAAAUAUUGGAGAGUAAAGGAAUCAGUAAAGCUUCAAAGCCGAAAGAAGGAGAUCGUUGUGUGUCUUGUCUACUCAACUUUCCAGCAAAGUACUUGGGAGUGAAGUCCCAUGGCUGUAACAGUGACGUUACUCAGAAAUGCAAUUAUUUUUGCGUGACAUGUUUAUCGCAAGUGCGACGUAACCCUCUGGAAUGUCCAUCUCAUGGGCCAGCAGAGCCUCCUAUAGGAGGAUCUGAUGUGUAUGCUGUUUUGGUAUGUGGGAAUGACCCUUCCUCACCAAAGUCUGCUGCAAUCUUUAACAAAGAUUUACUUGGCUUUAAAAGUGUUCUGACAGACAAUCGCAUUGUUGGAGUAAGGAAUGAUCAUGUGUUCAGUAUUACGCCAUCAUCAUCAUGUGGCAUGUCACAAGCACAACAGGUCAGACAAGCACUCCAGGAGUUAACACAAAGGCUGCAAGGAAAAAAAGAUGUGUUUUUGUACUUUUAUUUUUCUGGCCACAGUGAUCAGAAUGGCAACUUGUUAUGUUGGUGUUCAUCAGAGGAUGAUGUUCUUACAGAGGCCGAGCUGAAAGAGGACCUCAAACAUCUUAAUGUCAAUGAAUUUUUGAUUAUUCUGGAUUGCUGCUAUGCAGAUGGUAAGAUUGCCUCUGAGCUUAUUAAGGAUGAUAAUUUUCUUGUCCACAAGUCCCCUGCACCACUGGAAUCCACGCAGUACCCCCUAGAAUCUCUGUGCAACAAUCUUCAGGAGACUGUAAGUCAUGAAGAUUCUGUGGAGCCAGUUUCAGAUGUGUCAGAAGAAUUACCCCAGACUGGCUUUGAUACAUUGGAUGGAAAUGUGUUCACCAAGGCUCCACUAGGAAGGUUCACAAUUCGCCAGUGGUCCUCUUCCUUAAGUCAUGAAGAGUCCUAUGCAAAGGCCAAAGGCAGUUUUUUAACACAAUUCAUCAUUUGCGGGUUACGUGGUGCACACGAUUGUCAGCUCUCAAACUGCUCCUCUUGUGAUAGAUUCAAAGCUAAGGCCAAGUCUUUGGGUUACAUAUCUGCUGCCAAUUUAGAAGAUUUUGUCUCCAAUCAUGUGGAGAAUGCUGCUUUAAGAGCUGGUGGGCGUCAUCAAACUCCACGCAUGCGAACUGUCCAUUCCAAGGAGACUAUUCUGGCUUUCUACAAUGAAGAAAGCUUGCAUGAUGAAAUAGUGUUCAGAUCAACCUCUGGGAUCAGUGAAAGAAUCAAUAUUGAUCACUUUCCACUCCCACUUUUGGAAUUUCAGAUGCUGGUCUUUUCCAAUGUUCAAGGACACCUUCCCAGCUGUGCUCAGCCAAAGCACAUUCAGAUCCUUUGCGAUGACCAAGAAAUCGACGCAACAUCAUAUGUUGACCUCCAGGAAUUUGUCAGACAAGGAUAUGAUGUCAGAUGUCAGUUGAGGCCUAGUUCUGGUAUUGCCAAUGGUCCUGUCGUUAUUGAGAUCCAGAAUUACAAGAAUGAUGUCAUAACUCUUUUGACAUCACUUCAGUUGACAAGAAACCAGCAGGACCCGGAUACCUUUGAGAUAGACACCAGCAAAAGAACAUACAAUGCUGAAGAUGUCAGAGAAUGUUUUGAAGAAGAAGCAACCCUCAGUGACCUGAGGGGCACUUCUGUUGCUAGUUCAAUUAUUGUAAUCCUGACAGAAGCAUCAAUGUACCAGGGUCAUUUAGCAAUUUGUGUCUUGGAUGACAGCUUGGAUUGCACUUUCACUAAGACCUUAAAUUAAUGGUUAAGAACGAGACCCCACUAGAUGCAAAACUUUGUACUAACUUUGUACAUUGAACUUUUCUUCAAAACUUGAAACUGAACACCGUCACAGAAGACUCAGAAGUUGAAAUAUUCAUCAAAUCAUUUAGGGCUUUACCUAGUAAGAGUAAAUGGGUUUAACUAGACUGUUGCUGCAAAAAAUUUGUCAUGUAAAAGGAAACAUUUCAUAACUUCUGCACUUGUGUGUUUUCAAGUGUGGUUAAACUGGAAACCUAAUUGCUUUCUGAGGUUACAAGUUCCUCAGAGGAUAUAGGUACAAAUAAUAAUUUUUUUAUCAUUUUAAUUAUUGUCCAACUGCACCUAGCUGGGUUCAAAUGAUGAACAAAAUGAUUACAAAUAUCCCAUGAUACUUGUACUCCAGGAAACCAGUUUAACAGAUAAGCUAAAUAAUAAUAAUAAUAAUAAUAAUAAUAAUAAUAAUAAUAAUAAUAAUAAUA